AUGGACCAUAAGAAACAGGUUGUCUCAUGGCUAUUGGGUCUGAGUCAGGAUGAUCUGUGUAGUGUGCUGACAGACUUUAAUAAGGAGGAGUGCGAGAAGUUAAGAGCGAUGUAUAGCAAGUGCAAGAAUCACGGGCAUGGAUUCUUUAUACCGAUGGACGAUGACUUUGGACCGAAUAUACCAUCGCUACGAUUGAUCGAGCAUACACUAUCAAAGAACAUGAGCAGCAAGGAGGACUUGUCCGACCCGCUGAGGAACCUUCACUUCAAGACCAGCCAGAACCUCGAGUCGUCCAUGGGCGUCUUCUUCUUUCCCAAACAACUGUUGGCAAUUGAACAAAAGAUAAUUGGAUUGGUACGACUGUGCCAGACAACUAGCUACUUGGACACAUUCACAAUCGAGUCAAAUGACAUUGACAAUGGCGAGCUGUAUGAUCUGCUGACGAUACUUACGCAAGGUGGCUUCUUGUCGCUGUUUAGCCCGCUAGUGUGGGAGCCUUCGAUCAAGGACUAUCGAUGCGCCACACCACAGUGGUUCAUGGGCAGAGGAUUCUUCAGUCUGGGCGAGUACAUUGCCGCCCUCUUUGAGAAGCUGAUAUGGACGGGCUACUGCAAGCACUUUGGCAUCGAGCCAACGGUCGACCAUCCAACGACUGGCGGAAGCACGUCCAGCGGCGGAGGUGUGACGUCAAAGAAGAAGGACACGGCAGCCGGCCUGUUCACCAAUGCGCUCGACUGCAGGAAGAACAGACUGAAGCAAUUCUGGUCCAUCAAGUUGACAUCGACUGAUCGCGAGCGAUACUCACUGGUCAAGAUGGGUCACGUGCUCAACUCGGUGUUUCAAUCGCUAAAGUCAGACUCUGAGAUUGACUUUCUCGAGCAGCUCGAGAUGCUCUACGAUAUAUCACGCGCCAAUCUUGAGGAAGGGGCGUCGUCAGCCUCCUCCUCGACUACCCCCGCUGGGUCAUCAACACCAUCAUCGACUUCGGCAUCAAUAACAUCGACAUCCACGACAACUGCAACAUCAUCAUCUAAACCAUCCAUUACCACAACUUCUACGACUAAGCCAAGUGCAUCGGCAUCAUUUACAUCAACAACAUCAACAUCAUCCUCAUCAACAGCGCCAUCAAGACAGGGCGACAAACAGAUAUCACAUCUGAGUAAAUCAGGAUCGACCAAUGCCACUACGACGACAGCAUCACAGACGGCAAAGAAGGGCAGGACAAGCACAUCAUCAUCGUCGUCAGCAAUGUCAUCAACGUCGGCGUCACAGUCAAACAGCGCCGCCAACGACUUGCUGCUGCAGAUCAGGGAAAUCUACGAAGAGACCCUGAUCAAGGACCCGAUCAAGUUCAUCGAGUUCCUCUGCUUCUCGCCCAUUGAGCGUGCGGGCACCAAGCUUGACAUGACCAUGCGAGAGAUCGCCGGACAGCUGCAGAACUACUACAUUGAUCGCGAGUCGAUGGAUCUUAUUGGCUCAGAGGAGAGGAUGAAGAAGAAGAAGUCAACUGGCGGCGGCGGUGGCAGCGACAAGAUGCUUAACUACAAUGGUCAGCUCACGCCUGUCAAGAAGAAGAAGAAGAAGGCUGCCGUGCUGCCUGGUCGCGAUGGACAAUCGCCGGGCGGCGAUAGCAGUGGCGCGUCCUCCAAGCGCAAGAAGAGGAAGAAGAAGUCAUCCUCGGCGUCAGUAUCGCGCGACUCCAAGAUAAUCUCAUCGACCACCGAAGACAACUGCUCGUCCAACUCGGACUCGGAGCAGAAGGAGUCCAUCCAGACGCGUCCCAGAAGGCAUUCGCUGCCGUCUGAGGUUGAGACGGCCAAGGUACUCAGCUUCCCCAUCGACUCCACCACUGAGGACGAGGAUGGCAUGCUCUGGCUCGGCUCAGAGGGUGACAUUGACGAUCGUCCCCUACUCUCAACACAUCGCUACUCCUCAGGCAUCAUCUCAUCAACGUCGCGGUACAAUGCCAGCGGCAGUAUGAGUGGCUACAGUGGCAAGAACAGCAGCUCAUACGCCUCAACAGUUUCCUCAUCGGUGGCCUCCUCAAGCGGCACAUCAGACGACAAGUGGGAGGACCUACCAUCACCAUCAGCGUCGACCCAAUCAAUCAGCGGCACCGACACAGAGUUUGCCGAGUCAGAGGUGGAUACUAUCAAGGACAGCCUGUCACGAAGCUUUGAAGGCCUGUCCACCACCAACUACUUCUCGACAAUCAUUGUGCCCUCAUCUCCCAAGAUCACCAAGCCAUCAUUGCUGGUCAAGUCGUCGUCGGCCUCGGACAUCAAGGCCAACCCUCCAUCGACACACUCCGCACUUCUACAGUCUCAAUCUCAAUCACAGCCACAGUCGCCCAAGAAACUCAAUGUCAACCUGACACCAUAUUCAACAGCAUCCUCAUCUUCAUCCACUCCAUCCACCACAUCCACAUCCACCUCUACUACAACAACAGCAAGCCCGAGCAACCAAUGUACAUUUAAACAGCCAAGACCAACCAGAACAUUCAGCCUCAACAAUGGAGUGAUAUUCCCCAACAGGUCAGUAUCACUGUCAUCAUCCACCCCGACUACACCUGCACAUACUCCAAUCUUUAUCAAAACGACACCAACUACUACAUCCACUACAACAACCUCGACAACAUCGACAACAACUACAUCAUCCAAACCAAGUGCGACGACGCCAUCAGCAACUACUCAACCAACCACUACUUCAACAACAACACCUUCAUCAUCAGCACCUCCUCCACUCUUGUCCAAUCCCAAUGUACCACUCAAAUCACCAUCACUCGCAACCAUCCUCCAACAACAUCAUCAACAACAACAACAGCAUCAACCACAACCUCAGUACCAGACCAAGCCGAGGGCGGCAUCAGUUGACAAGCCAAGCCCUCUAAGCGACCAAUCACACCUAAGCUCUGUUGUCACCUUUGACAGGGCACCGAGAAGUGAAGUGAAGGAGCAGCAAGACACGACCGCACAGCAACAGCAGCAGCAGCAGCAGCAGCAACAGCAGCAACAGCAGCAACAACAACAGCAACAACAGCAACAACAACAACAACAGCAACAGCAACAACAACAACAACAACAACUCGACAAAUACAGAGAUUGGAGACACAACAAGUUCUUUAAUCGCAUUCAGCUGACUAAACAGAGCAACACAUACCUGCCCGUAUAUAUGCAGCCAUGGGAGGACCCUCCGCUGCCCUAUCCACAUCCACUCUUCUCCAUCAAGCUGCACCAGGAGAUCUUGGACUUUGUGUCAGAGGUGGGCGACCGCACCUACCCACACGUGCAAAGCUGCCACAAAGUGAUUGGACUCAUAACAAACGUCGUCAAAAGAUUGUGGCCUAAUGCCGAGAUCGAUAUAUACGGCUCCUUCAUGACAGGACUCUGGCUGCCAUCGAGUGACGUGGACAUCGUCGUCAACUAUGGCAAGAACAUGUCGUUGCGUUCCAAGAAUGCUCAGUUCCUUCUGCAAGUGCUGGAGAAGCAGAUCAGACAGGAUCUCAACAACUACAUCCUCACCAUGCUUUGCAUACCCUCUGCGCGCAUCCCAGUCAUCAAGCUCGUCACCAAGGACAAUAUCCCCGUCGACAUCUCCUUCCGAGAGUCCCCAACCUCUCCCCACACAGGCAUUGCCGCCAGAGAUCUAGUCGCAGAUAACGUUGAGAAGUUGGUUGGAUUGUAUCCUUUGGCCAUCGUUUUGAAAUGGUUCCUAAGGGAGAGAGGACUGAACAACACGUACAGUGGUGGAUUAAGUUCCUACUGUCUGGUGCUCAUGCUGAUCAGUUUCCUCAAGAAUAACGAACAUUGUCCAAAGAAGAUGGUUGAUAAUACUGACGCGGCGGGUGGUGCCACCUCUGGGCCAAACGUCGUCGCCACACCCAAGCACUGGAGUGGUAGUUACCAGCAACAACAGAUCAACAGUAACCAGCCAACGCUCAAGGCCAAUCCAUGCAAGUGCAACUAUCAGGACCAAUUCUCUGGGCUCAACAUUGGAUGCGCACUCAUGCGAUUUCUAGAGUACUAUGGCGUCAACUUCAACUAUCACAAGACAGGCAUAUCGAUUGAAGAAGCAAACUAUACCUUCCCCUUGGAACACGAUAAGUCUUCAGAUGGAAUUGUGAAUGGCAUUGGCAACUUUGUAGGCAACAACAAUGAGUUGGACAAUGUCAACAGUAACAGCAACAACAACAAUAGCAUUGUCAAUAAGGAUUUCUCAACAUUUCUUUAUGUCAGCGAUCCAUUUGCACCUGGCAAGAAUGUGGCAGUUGGUUCAUUCAACUUUGGUCGCGUCAAAGCUGCAUUCCAGUAUGCCUUCGUCACUCUAAGCAAUGCCUCCAUGAACUACUCAUUUGAAAAGGAUGCCAUUCUCUCAAAGAUCAUGAUGCCAGACAACCAAAAGCACUCCUAA